GUUUUGGAUUUUCUUGGUCAUUUCUGAGUUUUCUGUCUAAACGAAUUAAAUUCCAUACUAUAAUAAGAAGCAUUCGUAAUGAAUUUUAAAAUUAAACUUUUGCAAACCUUUUAAGUCAUUGUUCAAUUACUUUUUUUUGUUAAGAUAAGGUUUUACAAUAAGUUGUUGACAAACUGUAAAACCUAAGGUAAUUGGUUCCACGGCAAAAAAGGUAAAAACCGUGGAAGCAAACGACAAUCGGUAAAACCUAAAACUUCAACUUGUAAGCAUCGGUAGAGAGUGAUAGCGAUAAACGAGCAAAUUUCUAUCUAAGGGUAACAUGAGAGAGCAGCAAGGAAAAGAUAUGCACAACCGCAAAGAAGGCAAAAGGAAUUUGUUUCAUCUGGAAGCAAUAGCGAAGUUCCUUUUGGGGACAAAACACCAAGACAACACAAACUAACAGAACUUAAUACCAGGAGCUCAAUCGCGAAAUCGAGCCACAUCUCCACUCCCAAAUACUAACUAUCAGUGCUUAAUAGCAGGGCUCGCACCAACACAAGCCGCAUCUCCACCUCCAAAACCAGAUCAAAGGGAGCUUAAUAGCAGAAGCUCACUCACAAAGACAAGCCGCAUCUUCCUUUUGAAGCCUUACUACCUCCUCCAAAAGCUAAGCAAAGCGGUAAGCAAAACCAAAACCAAGAGGUCCCCAAAGUCCGCAAAGCUGAACCGAGAAUACUCCAUAUAUGAACAAAAAGCGGGUUCAAAAACGCUGCUGCAUCGAGAGACCUAAGGACACAUCAACCUUCACAAAGGAUAAUAGAGAGCUACUACCAACGGUUGCCAAGCGACCACACCGGUGGCACUGGGAUGCAGCAACUCCAAAACAGUGGAGCCAACGAAGAGAAAGCAACAGACCCAACAAACUAGUCUCUAAGCCACUGCCGCCUUUGAGAACCAAAGAGCUGUUUCACAAAGCAAAGCUGAGCACCGAACCCUAAAAACCGACCAUUGACUCAACAGUCACCACUCUUGACUCGCCUUGACACCAAAACGGAGGAAGAGACCACAGAUCUACACCAUCCCGAGCUGGAGGAGAUGCCGGAGAGCUUCACACGCCCAGAACCAGAGACAUAUCGAAGAGAGAAGGUGAAAGGCAAGACAAUAGCAAAGAGAACAAGAGGAAGGGUAAGAAGGAGCGCCUCUGGCACCGCCGACACCAAAGCAAGACGAAACGGAGGUUUGGGGGCUGGAGAGAAAAAGAUUGGAGGAGAGAGAAAAGCUUGUUCAUUCACUUCAAUUACAUUAUGUUUUUAACCAAUUCACUUCAAUUACAUUAAUUUUGAGUUUUUUUUUCAGGUUAGUAAAGUGGUAUUAACUAGGGGUGGGAAAAAUAACCGAACCGAACUGAAUGAAACCGAACCAACUGAACCGAAAUCAAUUCAAACCAAACUAAAGUCUAUUUCAAACCAUUCAGUUGAAGAUUUUCUCAACUCGAAUGGUUCGGUACGGUUUAAAACCGUACCGAACCGAGAAACCGAUGUGUUUUGUAAUUAUUUAAAUUAAAAAUAUUAGUAAUACCAAUAUACUAAAAUUUUAAUACUAAACCACGUAUUUUCUAUUUUUAUUCAUUAACAUAUAUUCUUCUAACCUAAUAUGUAAUCAUCAAACUAUUUGAUUUAAAAUAUUUCAUUCAUUCUAGGCUUUUUAAUUUUAAUGAUAUAAGAGACAUUACUAAUGAUGUCAUUGUUGUUUUUUUUACUUUAGUUAACUUUCAUUUGUUUUAAUACUUAUAUGCACUUUAGUGACUUUUUAAAGGUUUUUGUUUCAGUUUUAUAUUGAAUUUAGUUCACAUCGUUUAUGUUUAUAAAACAUAAUUUCUCUUCGAAAAGUUAAACUAAGAAGAAUCUACUUAAACCGAUUCAAAAAAAAAAACCGAACUGAAUACAAACCAUAUCGAAUAUAAACCGAACCAAACUAACUAUGGUUUACUUCAGUUGGAAAUAUAGUAGAACCAAACUAACCAAACCGAAUCGAAUCGAAAAAAUAACCGAAAUGCCCACCCCUAGUAUUAACUUCGAACAUAUAGAAAGAAAGUCUACUAUGGUUAAAACUUUAAGUUGAGCCGUUUAUAACAGUGGUCGCUCUAGUGGUAAAGGGCUUACAGCUGUGAGUACCGCCACCUGAGUUCGAAUCCCGGCCACUGGGAAAUUAACAUUUCGGUAUCGUCAGGGACAGAGGACCGACACGUGGCAACACGUGACUAGUCUGGAUCACUUCUGUGGAGCCAGGAUACCUCUGUAUAAUUCAAAAAAAAAAAAACAGUGGUCGGUAGAUCCGCAAAAUUUAAUUUGAAGUUUCAUUCUCAAAUCUUAUAUGGCGGCUCAAUAAGCUCCACCAAAGACUUUAAAGUAUAUCAAAAGCAAAAGUCCACUUGAAAUAUUAUCAAAUAAAUAACAUCUUACAUACAUGGCGGGUCCUAUAUCUUACUGGAACAUCUUACGUUUACUGAUUUCAGGUUUUGCCCCUCUUCAAUCUUGUAUAUACUCAUACAUAAACAGAAUAAACUAUCAUUAUGCAAUGUUAUUUUAGUUUCCAUGAUUAAUUUUACCUUUUUAUUCUACAUAAGUAUUUAUUUUCCACAUUAUAACAAAUUGAAGCCUUUAUAUUUAUAUUGUCUGAAUGCUGGCGCGACUUCAUCAAUAUCCUCCCGGCUCCACUGAUCAUGUUGUUAUUACUUACUGAUAGACAUAAAAGGUGGCCAAUGAGCUAGUAUAUGGUCCAUGUUUAAUAAUGAUACAUACCAUUGGUGGCCUAUAAGAUUAAUGAUACAUACAUCCACUUGAUUAUCCAACUGAAACAUAAAAGUUGUAUGGCUAAUAAAUUCAACCCGUCUACUUGUAAUUCAUCAAUGCCCAUUGAUAGGAAGAAAAACAAUACACAAGGUUUAACAUGUUAGCUUAAUUAGUGUUCUAAUAUUCUCUCUCUAUAUAUAUUCUCCUACUUUAGUAAUAUACAGAUAUUAAAAAUAUAUAUAGAUAAAUUGUCUGACACUAGUUUGCAAAAUGAUUGACGGGGACCUGGAAAUAAAGAUAUUGGGUCAAAGAUAUGAAAAUAGAAAUAGUCACUUGUGUGCCAUCAGACAUCUUCUAUAUGAUCCGGUCGUGAUUUCCAACUAGAGAGAAUAUUGAAACCGUCGACGUGAAUUAUUCAUUCGUAAUAACAUUUUGGAGCAAAAACUUUCAUGAGUUUUUUUUUUUUCAAAAAGGGCUUAACUUUCAUGAGUUCUCCCACAUAGUUUUUUUUUUCUUUCUAAAAUUCCCCAAUUUUGAUAUUUUAGAGUCAUGCAUGCAGGAUUUCUUAACACAUGGAUAAUGUAGUAAAUAACUAAAGCCUAUCUACCAUAUUGAUAUUUCAUGUGGAUAUCUAUAGAAAAGAGAGAGAGAAUUAGGUUUAUUUUUAUUUUCCAAAAAAAUAGUUUAUAACUAUCAACUUUUCUAUCACUCUGAAAUAGUAAAACAUACUUAAAUAAAUUAGAAAAGUCUUCUGAUUAAUUUCUUUUUCCCCAAUGAUACAGACUGUUUGGUUUAAAGACUUUACAUAUUCAUAGUCAUAGUUAUCAUUUCUAGCUCCAUGUAUCUAAAUCUAAAAUGAUUUUUUCUGUUAGAGUUGAUUGUUUUUAUAAAAAGAUAUUAUAUAUUUUAAUAAAAUGAGUAGAGUUUCAAAGAAGUGCCGUCAUAGAAAUGAUUAAAAACAGUGUUAUAUGUGUGUGUCAUCAAUCAUCAUCAUCCAUUUUAAAUAAAAUGGAUUCCUUAAAACAAAACCUUAGAAAAAAGGGUAAUUAAAGUCAAGAAGAUAUUAAGUAAUCGCGAUGGCUAUAUACUUUCAUUUUAACAAAUAUAACUUAUUAUAAUUUGAAAUAGUCGAGGUUAAUCCUGACGAGUUAAAAAGAUAAUGAACUCUAGUGUCCUUAUAAAUACAAGCAUCAUCCUUCGUUUUUUAUCAAGAUAUUAAACAUAUUUUUCGUUACAAUCUAUCUCUCUCUCUCUCUCUCUCUUUCGUGAUGGAAGCUAAACACCUUCAUGGCCAGCCUCAAGCUGAAGGAGAAUGGUCCACAGGCUUCUGUGAUUGCUUCUCCGACUGCGGAAACUGUUGUAUCACAUGCUGGUGUCCAUGUAUUACAUUUGGCCAAGUCGCUGAGAUUGUUGAUCAAGGAUCAACCACGUGUGGUACGGCUGGAGCACUAUACACGUUGAUAAGUUUUUUCACGGGUUGCGGAUGUCUCUACUCGUGUUUCUAUCGUGGAAAGAUGAGAGCUCAAUACAAUAUUGGAGGCAAUGAUUGUGGAGAUUGCCUUAAACAUUUCUUCUGUGAACUCUGUGCUCUCACUCAACAAUACCGUGAACUCAAGAACCGUGGCUACGAUAUGAAACUUGGUAUUGAUUUCUUUAUACCUGAAUUUUUCUUUUUCACUUUGUAUAGUAAUCUCAAAACAUUCACAUUCAUUACAUUAAUGUGGUAUUUUAGGAUGGGCCGGGAACGCACAGUUGCAACAGAACCAAGGCGUGGCGAUGGGUGCUCCAGUCUUCCAAGGCGGCAUGACCCGCUAAGACUCAUUCCUUUACAUUAUUUAGUCAUAUUAUAAAGUGAGGUCUAAUCUUCCGUGUGGAUUUGUGUAAUAUGCUUGUUAUGAUUUAUGAAAAUGAUUGUAUAUGUUUGUAUAAUACUCGGUCAAAGAUAUGUUACUUGGACUAACAUGUCAUUAUACGUCUGUGAUUUGGUUUGGUCGAGAAUGUAAUUGUGAGGUUGAAUAGUCUACAAAAAAAUUGCUUUUUUCUUUCAAAAUUUAUAGAUUUGUUUAUAGCUGUCGUUGAUAUUACCGUUCACUUUCUCCUUCAACAUAGGAAAGGCAAGUUAACAUCCAAGAAUUAUUGGGUACGCACCAAUUUAUUCGGAUUUGGUUUAAGUGAUUUGGUUUGGUUCGAUUUGAUUUGAUCAGUGAUUGAUUCUGAUGUAUUUAACUCGGAGAUGUGUAGAAUUUGAUAAAAUCUAUUCUAUUAAAAAGGAAGCAGUUUUGAAAAAUCUACUUAUAAAAGUUGUUGGACCCCUUCUUUAAUAAUAUGUUUUAUUUAAUAUUUAUUUUAAUCAAUCAAAAUAUAUACUCCUAAUUAUAAGGAACAUUAUGUUAGUCCAAAAAGGAACAUUAUGUUAAUUAUUUUUAUUAAUAAUUAUUAACCAAUUUAAAAGAAACACUACAACCAAUCAAUAAUUAAUCUGAUACUAAAUGGGAUCUUACGAAACUAAUCGAUUUUUAUUAUAAUAUAUACACUGUAUAUGAAUUAUAUUAUUUCUUAGAGUUCAACGAAAGAAGUACUAUCACGAUGCACAUAGUAUAUUAUAUGUUUGAGCAACAUAACUAUAUAUACUUUUUACUACAACAUAAUUAUUUAUGCUUUUACCUUGCUUUUGUUUUUUGAUAUGGUAUAUAAAUAAAAUAAUUAUUAUGCUACUACGAUAUUUGCAAAGAUUAAUUAUUUUGUUUGCCUAAAUAAAACAUAAUUACUUUUUUUUUUAACUUUAGAACUAUUUCUUUUCAAAGAUUACUAUAGCUAGAAUAGAUAUUUGCAUAACGUGAAUAAACCAAUUCCAAUAUAUUUUUUUGGACACAAAAAAAAUUUCAAUAUAUUCACUAUUGUGAGUAUAUAUAAUAUUAUGAUGGGAUGAUACUUUUACUAAUUUCCUAUGUAUAAUUUAUUUAUGCUAAAAUAAUCAUAUUAUAUAGUACGAUAUGAAUAUAUUUUUAAAACAAUAAAAUAAUUAAUUUAAUUUUGAAAAAAUAGUUUUUUACGGGUUUUAAAUUAUAUAUUUUUUUAAAAACCAUACCCAAUUACAUAUUAGAUUACUUGGUUUAUCGGUUAGACUUCUGGUAAUCAUUUUAAAUAUAUAGUAAUAGAAGAUUAAAAAAUAUUAUUAUUUAAUAUAAGUUUAAAAACUAUAUUAAAAACAGUAUAAAUCUAUACUAUUAAAUUAGCUAGAAUAUAUAAAUUAAUCUCAAGUCUUACCAAUUUAACAAAUGUAACUAUUAUAAAAUGCAAACAAAAUAUAAUCAGAAAUAGAAUAAGCAUGGCCAUCGAAUUUUCGGGUUGGUACAGAUCGGUUCAUUUCGAGUUUGAGUCCUUCAGAUCUUAGACAUUUGAACAUAAUUAGGUAUUUGAUUUUGUUGGUUUGAGUUUAGAUUGUUCCUUUUAUGUUUGUAUCCAUAAUUCAAAUACCUGUAAAAUACCUGUAUUUUUAAUAACAAGUCCAGAUCAGUUCGAAUAUUUAAUACUCGAAAAAGAUUUGAAAUACCCAAAAAUCCAAAAAAUAUGCGAAAACUCAAAAAAUACAUGAUAUAAAAACGUACCCGAAAACUCAAACGAAUACCCAAAAAUAUGUCAUAUCAUACAACUUUGUAAUAUAAUAAUUUACAACAAUUACAAAAUACUAUUUCCUAUCAAAAUUUAUUUAUAAUCCAAAAUAACCCGCGCUUUCAAAGCGCGGGUCAAAAUCUAGUAUUAUAAUUAAAAUGUGAUUAAGAUUGAGAAGUAAGAUCUGAAUUAAUUUUACACUUAUUCAAGAUGAAUGAUAUAGUGUGUAGUAUCUAUCUAUAUUAUUAAAACAUAAAUUAUGACUUUUUCAUGUGAUAUUUAAAAAUAGACCAUCCUCUAUAAUCCUCUAUAAUGUUUAUCAAAUUUUACAUAAUUUAAUCAUCAUAUCUUUUAAUAUCUUUAUCUUUUAUUUAAAAUAGAAAUAAAUAUUGUUUAAGAAAAAUCAAAGAAAAUCUUAUUCAGAAUCAUUUUAAAUUUUAUUUUUGAAAAUCAAUUAAUUUAAAUUUUAACUAUCAGAAAAUAUAACUAUAAUUUCAAAUUAGAUUUAUUUUUGUUUAAUGAACAAAAAUUAAAAUAAUAUAAAAUAUUUUAACUAUAUUUUAAUGAUAAUAAAAAUUUAAAUUAAUUGUCAGAACUACAUUUUAUAAAGAUCUUAAAAAAGAUUUUGUUAGAAAUAAUCAAAUAAAUAUCCAUUCAUAUUUCAAGUUUGUGUAUUUCAAGUAAUUUUUCAAAUAAGAUUUCUACUACAAAAUUGUUUUGCAUGUACAAUAUAUUAUAGUUUCUUUACAAAAAUAUAUUUUUUGUUGUUUUUAACAAUAUCUCACAACAUUUCUUCUCUAUUAUGUAGGUCCAAAUUUAGUUUAACUUCCAUAUUACAUUUCAAACUAAGAAAAAAAUUAAAAUUAUGUAAAAUAGUAUUGUUACAUAAUAAUGUUCUCAAAAUAAAUUUUGUUACAAAAAUAUAUAGUAACAACAGUAUAAGCCAUUUAAAUGUAGGCAUUAUAGAGUUAUAUAAUACAUAUAAAUCACAUUAAUUUAGUGAUAGAUUUUAUUAUAUAAACUAAAAUAUUUUAGUAUAAGAAGAGAAGUUCCGCACGGAUGUGCGGGUCAAGAUCUAGUUAAAUUUUAUAAUUGAAAACAUUCCCUCCUUUUAUCUAUUUUCGAAAAACAAUUAAUUACACCUACAUGUGCCAUUUAAUGUACAAAAAAAUAAUAAUUAAACACAAUGUUGAUUUUACAAAAUGAAAUAUGUUGCAUGCAUCACAUGUUGGUGCCCAAUCGUUAAUAUUAGAUUCAGAUUUAUUAUGAGAUUCUAACUUAAAACCAAUUGGCGAUUAGUGGAUUGACCUUAUUCUUUAUGUAUUAUUUAAUAUCCCUUAGAAUUUUCGAUGUGGGAUAUAUAUCCAUAAUACCUCUCACCGAAAUGAUGGCUCCUAUCAGUCAUAAAAUUUCGGAACCUUAGGACAUUUAUACUCGGUCAAACGAGUUUAACACGGUCUUUAUACCCGGUCGGAAGGGUUAAUCACGAUCUUUAUACCCGGUACCUGGAAAGGUAAAUAUUAAUUAGGAGUUUAGGUAUUUAAAAUUUGGACUCUGAUACCAUGUUAAAUUCAUGUUUAUUAUGGGCUUUAAACUUAAAACCAAUUGGCGAUUAGUGGAUUGAUCUUAGCAUUUGAUAUAUUAUUUAAUGUUCAUUAGAAUUUUCGAUGUGGGAUAUAUAUCCUAAUAAUUAACUACCUUUCGCCAAAUAGAAAUAACUAUUGAUCGCGAGUCCACCUGUAAAUGAUCUAGACACAUUCCAUUGUGAGAUAAGAUUCCACCGGUAAAUGAUCUAGACACAUUCCAUAGUGAGAGGGUUCUUUCAAGUUAUUCUAAAUGUGAGAUAUAGCAAUAAGUAAUAGCGGUUUGAAAACGCAGCGUUAAAGUUGGAGCCUUCUAUGCGUGUAUAAGCACAGUAACAUGAUGUAUCUACUCAUAUUUGUACAGAGACAAAAUGAGAGCUCAAUACAAUCUUCGUGGUGGUGAUUUCGGAGAUUCGUGUAGACAUCUUUAUGCAAGGUAUGCGGCAGGCGCUUUAACUCAAGAAUACCGCGACCGCAGGAUCAGUAUAUCUUGUGGUAUGUAUUUUGCUCUUUCAUGACCCUUUUUUAAUGCAUGCAUUUUUUACAUAGAAGUGUAAGAGGUUUAAAUUUUUGAUGCAAGCUUGGCUCCAGUAUUUUCAGAA